AGGUAUUUGCAACACAACAACAUCACAACUUUGGACGACAGCACGUUCCUUGGGCUCCGCAAUUUAAGAGAUCUGUUAGUAGUUCUUUAUCGCUGAUAUUUUUAGGUACACACAGGAGCUCUUUACUUAUGGGCUCCUAGUGCACAUCAUAAUACAGAUUUUCUUCUUUUGAUAUUACAAUCUUUUAACCUAUACAAGACUUUGUUUUAGAUGUUUACAGCAUAAUAACAUAGCAUCCAUAUCACUUAAAACGUUGGUGAUUGUGUUGGUGAUUGUGUUACUCUAUGUAUUGACUUCUCGGUUUUGCAGAUUUGAAGUUUGAAAAAAAUUCUCUUUUUAUUCCGUAUGACAAAACACGCACUACGUUAAUGUUCCUACAACAUUUAGUUUUUUUUUUUUUUUUCAGAUUUAUCAGUCAUAAUAGGAUAACAAGAUUGCCGGGAAAUGCGACUUUUAAAGGACUUCGUUCAUUGAUUGAAUUGUAAGCUCUUGACAAGACUUUUCAGAUGGUGCUCACUUUUACAUUUCUAGCAUCACUUUCGAAAACCAAACCCAACACAGAAGAUGACUCUAAGAUGUGGUUGACAAAUUAGUAUUUUAAAACGAAGAUUCGUCAUUGGUUACACUAAAUAGCCAUCACUCUAAAUAGUAUGGUAUCAUAUCAUCAUAGGAUAAACUGUGAAGAACGGCACAUGCCUAAAACGUAAAUUUCUCAACUUAGGGCAUAAGAAAGGCAUACAUACAAAGCUCCACCCUCUUCCCCGCCCUCCCUGCAACUCCCCCUCCCCCCAAGGCUGUUACAUCACAUUGAUAACAACCGAUGUGAGUACAAUGUAUCCUCCCUUAUCAACUCCUCAAGUUCUGGUGGAAAAUUGGCCAAGUUCGACCUUUUUUUCAUCUUACUUUGUUAGAUCGCGUUGCGCUUUUCAAUACCAUAUAUUCUAUCUCUCCCUUCUCCUUAUCUGCCUCUUUUCCCUUGCCUUUAGAGAUCUAAGUCACAAUAGACUGGAAAAUUUAACCUCUUCUUGUUUUCGUGGGAUGAUGAAGUUAACAGUAUUGUAAGUAUUGUAUUAAAUCAUUUAUAAACUUAUUUAAACCACUAAUGUUAGUUUUUUCAUUGUGUGACAUUUAAAUCAUUGACAGAGAAGAAGCUAAUGGCAUCCUUUCUUUCAACUUAACUUGGUAGCCCUCCCAAAAGCCGAAGUUUUCAUUUUUCUACGUAAUAUUUCCUUGUUUCAGAUACUUGCAGCACAACAACAUUGCAACUGUGGAGCCUGGUGCAUUCUUUGGGCUUAGCAAACUCAAAAAACUGUAAGUUUCUUCUUCCACGCACUUUUAAGGACUGCAUGAGUGUCUUGUUGGUUUAGUGAACGACUAACUUAUCUUCUGACUUAUGUUAUGAUUUGGUUUUAUCAUCUGAGUUGACUGUGAAUAUAUGAAAAUAUAUGAGUUGACACGUCAAUUGACCACCGUAAAGAGUUUCUAAAGCUGAAGUUUCGAGCGUUAGUCCUUCGUUAGUCCUUCGUCAGAGCGAACUCUUAAUGGUGGCUACUUUAUGUUAACGACUCAGUUGAUAAAACCAAAUCAUUACGUUACACCUCUCAUAAACCGACGCAUCACCACAACGAAUCGGGGAGACGUUUUCUGGGAGUCUGGCACUAAUAAUGAGGUGCUAUAGCGCUCGCCUCAUACUUUCCCACGGGCGAAGAAACACUCGUCCCGAAACGCUAACAUUGAAGGCCUGGUCGCAGUGACUAAGUGACAAGAUGAAAAGUUGUUAGAUCGAAAGACCUACAAGUGAGCAACAAGUACCCUCCAUAUUACACAGUGGCUGACGUUCUUAACAAGAGACCUUCUAUAACGUGUAAAAGGCAUUUGGUAGACUAGAUACAAUUUUAUUCUACCUUUUCAGAGAUAUGAGUUUUAACAAACUAGAAACUCUAAUAGAUGACGCGUUUCGGGUUCUGACACUGAAAAAUCUGUAAGUGACGAAGAAAUUUCUUUGUUUAAAUGCUCUCUAGGCAGUUCAUUUGAUUGACUGGCUCUUAAAAUUUGCUGAGAUCAGCGGUUGUUCCAUAGAUUGUGUUACUGACCAGUUACGUUUUUUGACUGAUCUUGACUGACAAUGUGAUUGACCGACAGAUUAAGUGAAGAACAGGCUGACAGACAAAUAGUCAGACAGACGGACGGACGUUCUGAUAGACAGACAGACUCUUACUGACCAAAACUGACUGACUAGCGGACUUGCUCCUUGACUUGUUGAUUGACGGAUUCUUUGACUGACCAGCUGACUGCCUGAUGACUAUUUUGCCGAAUCAUUGACUGAAUGACUAUCUUUCUGAGUGAGUUACGGACUGACUGACCGUAUGGCUGGUUACUAAAUGACGGCCGACCAGAUGAUUAGCAGGUUGACUUGAAGACAUGCAGCUUGCUGACAGAGUGACUGACUGACUGACUAAUCGACUGACUGACUGAUAACUGACUGACUGACAGACUGAGUGACUGAUGACUGACUGACUACCUGACGGUGACAUGACUGACUGACGGACUACCUAGAUCGCUGGCUAGCUGACUGCCUCACUGCUUAAAUAAAUAACUUAUCAACCAAUUGGCUGAUUUCCCUUAUUUUAUUGAUGACGUCAGGAUCUAACAAACGUCAACAGCUUGGUAUUAUGUUUAAUACAUAUACAUGUACAUGAAAGUCCUUUUCUGUUCAGUUCCUUGCAGCAUAAUGCGAUCACAAUCAUACAACCUAAAGCUUUCGCCGGACUUCGAAAUCUGGAAUUUCUGUAUGUUUAAUCUUGACUAUAUCAGAUUUACUUUGUUUUUAUUAAAGUUGGGUGAACUAUUUUGACCCUUAAAGUUAUGCAUGUUAGACUAGAACGUUUCUUUUAUAUUUUGCAGCGAUCUCAGUUAUAACAAAGUUGUGAUUGUGUCUCUGGAUGUGUUCAAGGGUCUUAGUAAUCUAAAAACCAUGUAAGUGUUUUGCUAUACAUGUUUUAACAAAUUUUAAACCAGUCAAAUUUAAUCAUGAGCUAUUACUAAGAAAAAUCAUGUUAUCUAGUAAACAAAAUCAUCGAAACUGUUUCCUGAAGCAGAGAUUCAGGACUGAAAAUACUUGAAAGAAUAAAGCUCGAAUAACUCGAGUAAAGCGAUAGGAACAUUUAAGCCAUGAAUUUAUUUCAUGAUGAGAUGGGCAUGCUCAGAACCCUAAUAGAUGUAAGGGUGCCAGACUAUUAACACAGAUAACAUGAUGAUUAGCCUGAAGUAGUUUUCAAUGAUGUGUUGGCCAGGGAAAUCUGGGACUCGAUUCACCCUGGUUUACUGCACUUAAGAAUUGAUCUUAAGACUCGUACCACCUUUUCAACCAAUCAUAUUCAAAGCUGAGACCAAUCGUAGUUUGGUAAUUGGCAUUCUCGCGCGCUUGAAGUUAUUUUUAAAAAAUGAGUUUCGAGUUUACAUCGGCUCCUUGGUAUCUUGACAUUCAUUCUCUUUUAGUUGUGGUAAUUUCUGAAGGUUUGGCUUUACGAUACACAAUCUAACCAGUCUUAUUCGAGGUGGAGCGAGUCAACUUUGUUUCAGUUUUGGUGAUAUGAUCAUCCUCGUUUCCAUGAUCUCUCUCCCUCGCUUUCCUGGUGGAAGAGAAUCGCUGGGACCGAGAUCGUACAAUUUUCCUUAUGUAUUCUGUUUUUUUGUUAUGUAACAAAGAAACCUGGACGGGAACAAUAUAACAAACCCAUCUGCUGUUAACGAAACAAAUAAGGCAAACAAGACACAAGGGAAUCAAAAGAGGUCCUUCAAUAACAGCGGAUGCUCCCGGAUUCAACAAAAACAAGUUGUAUAUCAGGUCUCGAGAAACAGGAAGGUGUGUUUCCAAAGACGAAACUGCACCCUGUCUCUUACUGUGGUAAAUAAGACUAAAACUGUGUCAGAGAGAUUUGAUAUUUGUUGGGAUUUAAUAAAAAAACUUCGCCCUCUUUUGUUCAUCUUGGGAACCAUCGCGACUUUUUCCAAUAUGCUGGUUAUUAUAACAGUUGUAUCGACUAAAAGCCUUCGAAGACGUCCGCCAUUUUUAUUGGUUUCAGCGACAGCAGUAUGCGACUUUUUGAUUGGUAUUUACUCAUUUGGAAUGGCUUUCGGGCAUGGCUAUGACCUUCAGGAAUUCAAAACUUGGCAGGACAUCUACUGUACCUACUUAAGGUACCUGUUUAUCUUCGCCCAAGUUGAUGGAGGACUGACGUCACUGUUGAUGACUAUUGAACGAUAUGUUGCCAUCGUUUUCUGUAUGAACCCUGACAUAAGGCUAGGCUACAAAGCUCUACGAAUAGCACUCCCGCUGACUUGGAUUACGGGCGCCACAUCAGCAACUUUAGCACAAAUUUUUGACAUGAGACAUAACGCAAUACCCGGGAGAAUGUGUCUUUUUCACAGAAACUCCGACAAAAUACCCUCCAUUUUUAUUAGCGAUAUAGUGUUGCUGUUUCUAGUAUUUACCUAUCUCCUCGUCGUAUUUCUUUAUUUGCAUAUUUUCGUCGUUGUGCGAAAAUCUGCGCGCAGGGCAGGCACACGUAGAGAAUCGCAAUUAGCCAAGCGAAUUAGUUUGAUUGUUCUUACAAGUUUCGUGUUUUUCGCUGUGCCUAAUUUUGCUCUGGCGUGGUUUAUCAUAAAUAGAGGACGUGUUUUCGAAGAUGUUAGAAUGAAUCGUACUCUGCUGUGGUGGCUUCCUCCUGUUUGUUUGGUGGUGAAUGCCUGUCUUAACCCUUUCAUAUUCGCGUUUAAAAAUGACAAGUUCACUAGAUCUCUUAAAAGACUGGCAGGCCAUCCUCUCAGAGGGCUUUUAAUGAGUAAGAAAAAGAACAGAGGUGAUCAACCAUUUGCGUUACAGUCUCCUGCUGUCUCUCAAGGAAGCCAUAAUCAAGGAAUGGACUCUAUCUCUGAAACUCGUUGCUGA